AUGGACAGUCAAGUGGGGGACACCUCUCCUAGGACGAAUGGUCAUGUGGGGGACACUUCUCCCAAGACGGACAGUCAAGUGGGGGACACCUCUCCCAGGAUGGACAGUCAAGUGGGGGACACCUCUCCUAGGAAGGACAGUCAAGUGGGGGACACCCCUCCUAGGACGGACAGUCAGGUGGGGGACAUCUCUCCAAGGACAGACGGUCAAGUGGGGAUCACCUCUCCCAGGAUGGACAGUCAAGUGGGGGACACCUCUCCUAGGAAGGACAGUCAAGUGGGGGACACCUCUCCUAGGACGAAUGGUCAUGUGGGGGACAUCUCUCCAAGGACAGACGGUCAAGUGGGGAUCACCUCUCCCAGGAUGGACAGUCAAGUGGGGGACACCUCUCCUAGGAAGGACAGUCAAGUGGGGGACACCCCUCCUAGGACGGACAGUCAGGUGGGGGACAUCUCUCCAAGGACAGACGGUCAAGUGGGGAUCACUUCUCCCAGGAUGGACAGUCAAGUUGAGGACACCUCUCCCAGGACCGACAGUCAACUGGGCGACGCCUUUCUCUGGACGGACAAACUAUCUAUUAGAAAUUUCACUUUUGAAAUUUCACUUAAAUCAAAUCGAUCCAUGGAUCUCAGUUUCCUAUCGAGGGCUCUCACAGCCCGAGGAGACGAGUUUGUCCUCGUCACAGGACAUAAUGUCUCAUGUGCAGCAGGAGGCUGGCAGCUGCCCCACGCCCCGGAGAACCCCACCGCUCUGCUGAGCAAGUCGGAGAAGAGAGCCAUCGACCUGGCCUGGGCCAAACCCUUCGACGGCAACAGUCCCCUCAUCCGCUACAUCCUGGAGGUUUCUGAGAACAAUGCGCCCUGGGCCAUCCUGCUGGCCAACAUCGAGCCAGAGUCCAAGGCGGUGACGGUCAAUGGUUUGAUCCCCGCCCGCUCCUACCAGUUCCGCCUCUGCGCCGUUAACGACGUGGGGAAGGGGCAGUUCAGCAAGGAGACCGAGCGUGUUGCUCUGCCAGAGGAGUCCCCCAGUGCUCCCCCUCAGAAUGUCAUCGCCAGUGGUCGGACCAACCAGUCCAUCAUGAUCCAGUGGCAGCCUCCGCCAGAGAGCCACCAGAACGGCAUCCUCAGGGGAUACACCGUCCGGUACCGUCUCACCGGGCUGCCCGUGGACUACCAGAUCAAGAACAUCACCAGCCCGGAGGUGACCAACCUGCUGCUGGAGGACCUCAUCAUCUGGACCAACUAUGAGAUCGAGGUGGCCGCCUACAACGGGGCCGGUUUGGGCAUUUUCAGCCACAAGGUCACGGAGUGGACGCUGCAGGGAGUGCCCACCAUCGCCCCCGGGAACGUGCAGGCCGAGCCGGUGAACUCCACGACCAUCCGGUUCACCUGGAUGGCCCCCAACCCCCAGUUCAUCAACGGCAUCAACCAGGGCUACAAGUUGCUGGCCUGGGAGCCCGGUCGGGACGGGCACGUGUCGAUGGUCACGGUGAGACCGAACUUCCAGGACAGCGUCCACGUGGGCUACGUGACGGGUCUGAAGAAGUUCACCGAGUAUCACACCUCGGCGCUGUGCUUCACCACGCCGGGCGACGGCCCCCCCAGCCCGCCCAAAGCCUCCAGGACACACGAGGACACUCCCGGUGCCGUGGGUCACCUGAGUUUCACCGAGAUCCUGGACACGUCCCUCAAGGUCAGCUGGAGCGUGCCCGUGGAGAAGAAUGGCGUCCUCACAGGUUACCGCAUAUCGUGGGAGGAGUUCAACCGGACCAACACCAGGGUCACCCACUACCUGCCCAACGUCACCCUGGAGUACAGGGUCACCGGGCUCACCGCGCUCACCACCUACACCAUCGAGGUGGCCGGCAUGACGUCCAAGGGCCAGGGUCAGCUGUCGUCCUCCACCAUCUCCUCCGGCGUCCCACCAGAGCUUCCCGGCCCCCCCACCAACAUGGCGAUCUCCAACAUAGGCCCGCGCUCCGUCACCCUCCAGUUCAAACCCGGGUACGACGGCAAGACGUCCAUUUCCCGUUGGCAGGUGGAGGCUCAGGUCGGUGUGGUCGGGGAGAACGAGGACUGGGUGACGGUCCACCAGGUGUCCAACGAGCCCGAGGCCCGCUCCUUGGAAGUGCCGGGACUCAACCCCUACACCUUCUACAGGUUCCGGAUGCGUCAGGUGAACAUAGUGGGAACCAGUCCUCCCAGUCAGCCCUCCAGAAGGAUCCAGACGCUGCCGGCUCCUCCUGACAUGGCCCCGGCCAACGUCACCCUGCGCACCGCCAGCGAGACCAGCCUCUGGUUGCGAUGGAUGCCUUUACCUGAAUGGGAAUACAACGGGAACGCGGAGCAGGUGGGCUACAGGGUCCAGUACUCGCGGGCCGGCUCACUGGGCCGAGCGCUGAUCCACAUCAUCGGCGACCGGCUGGAGAGAGAGUUCACCAUCGAGGACCUGGAGGAGUGGACGGAGUACGAGGUCCGGGUCCAGGUCGUGAACGGCAUCGGGACGGGACCCUGGAGCCAGCCGGUGAAAGGCAGAACCAGAGAGUCUGUCCCGUCCUGUGGACCCACCAACGUGUCGGCCUUCGCCACCACCUCCAGCAGCAUCCUGGUGCGCUGGUUCGAGGUCCCUGAGCCGGACAGGAACGGCCUCAUCCUGGGCUACAAGGUGGUGUACAAGGAGAAGGACUCGGACAGCGCCGUCCACUUCUGGACCGUGGAGGGGAACGCCACGCACAGCGUCCAGCUCACCGGCCUGGGGAAGUACGUGCUCUACGAGAUCCAGGUCCAGGCCUUCACGCGGAUCGGAGACGGGCGGCCCAGCUCACCACACAUCCUGGAGAGGACUCUGGACGACGUCCCUGGACCUCCAGUGGGAAUCCUGUUCCCUGAAGUGAGGACCACCUCAGUCCGGCUCAUCUGGCAGUCCCCCUCUCAGCCCAACGGCAUCAUACUGGCGUACCAGAUCACCUACCACCUCAACUCCACCAGCGGCAACACGGCCACGGUGGACGUGCUGAGCCCGAGCGCUCGCCAGUACACGGUGACCAACCUGAAGCCCGAGUCCUUCUACGUGUUCCGCAUCACGGCGCAGACCAGGAAGGGCUGGGGCGAGGCGGCCGAGGCCCUGGUGGUCACCACCGAGAAGAGAGCCCGGCCGCAGCCCACCAGCCUUCCCAUCGUCCCCCAGAAGGACGUCCAGGCCCGUCAGGUGCUGCUGUCCUGGGAGCCGGGCAGCGACGGGCUGUCCCCCGUGCGUUACUACACAGUUCAGCUCCGAGAGCUUCCUGAGAGCAACUGGACCGUCCACUCGGCCUCCGUCAACCACGAGGCGUCCUCCUACAUCGUGUCCAGGCUGAAGCCCUUCACGUCCUACCAGUUCAGAGUGAAAGCCACCAAUGACAUCGGAGACAGCGAGUACAGCGAGGAGAGUGAAGCCAUCACGACUCUGCAGGACGCGCCCGACGAGCCGCCGGCCAUCCUGUCGGUGACACCACACACCACCACGUCAGUGCUGAUCCGCUGGCAGCGCCCCUCUGAGGAGAAGAUCAACGGGAUCCUUCUGGGCUUUCGGAUUCGCUAUCGUGAGCUGCUGUACGACCGCCUGAGGAGUUACUCCGCCCACGCCAUCAGCAGCAUGUCCAGCUGGGCGGAGCUCACCGCCCCCUACAGCAUCCGGAAUCUGAGUGAUUCAACCCUGCUCCAGUACGAGUUGGACAAGUUGAGUAAACACAAGCGCUACGAGAUACGCAUGAGUGUAUACAACGCCGUGGGCGAGGGGCCAACCAGCCCCCCCCAGGAGGUGUUUGUGGGAGAAGCAGUGCCGACAGCCCCGCCCCAGAACGUGGCCAUCCAAUCCGCGACAGCCACCCAGCUGGACGUGACGUGGGACCCCCCCCCUGUGGACGCACAGAACGGAGACAUCCAAGGCUACAAGGUUUACUUCUGGGAGUUCCAGCGCAAGAACGAGACGGAGCGGCUGCGGACUCUGUUCAUGCCCGAGGGAGGAGUGAAGCUGAAGAACCUGACGGGUUACACCACCUACAUGAUCAGCGUGGCCCCCUUCAAUGCAGCCGGGGACGGACCCCGCAGCGCGCCGACCAGGGGACGCACUCAGCAAGCAGCUCCCAGUGCUCCCAGCUUCAUCCACUUCAGUGAGCUGACCACCACCUCGGUCAACGUGUCCUGGGGAGAUCCCACCUUCCCUAACGGCAUCAUCGAGGGCUACCGCCUGAUCUACGAGCCCUGCACCCCCGUCGAUGAGUCUUCAGUGGCCUGUGCCGACUGUCUUCACUCCCCCUCCCCCCCAGGCGUCAGUAAGACAGUGACGGUGGACGUGAAGGGCAGCGGGCCCCUCUGGUUGAAGCUCCGGGACCUGGCCGACGGCAUCACGUACAACUUCCGCAUCCGGGCCAAGACCUUCAUCUACGGGCCAGAGGUGGAGGCCAACAUCACCACGGGCCCCGGAGAAGGAGCCCCUGGGCCGCCCGGAGAGCCCUUUAUCACACGCUAUGGUUCAGCCCUGACCAUCCACUGGACCAGUGGGGACCCGGGACGCUCUCCCAUCUCACGCUACGUCAUCGAGGCCAGACCUUCAGAUGAGGGAUUGUGGGAUAUCUUAAUCAAGGACAUCCCCAAGGAGGCGACGCUGCACACAUUCAACAUGGACCUCCUGAAGCAAGGGGUCAGUUACGACUUCCGGGUGAUCGGAGUGAACGACUAUGGCUACGGCGCUCCAAGUCUGCCCUCCCCUUCUAUAUCCGCCCAAAAAGUGGCGCCGUUCUACGAGGAGUGGUGGUUCCUGGUGGUGGUGGCGCUGGUGGGGCUCAUCUUCAUCCUGCUGCUGGUCUUCAUCCUCAUUAUCCGGGGCCAGAGCAAGAAGUAUGCCAAGAAGUCUGAAUCCGGGAACAACUCCAACUGCAACGCCCUGACCCACGGAGACAUGGUCAGCCUGGACGAGGGACGCUUCCCGGCUCUGGAGCUCAACAACCGCCGGCUCUCCGUGAAGAACUCCUUCUGCCGGAAGAACGGCGUCUACACCAGGUCUCCCCCCAGGCCCAGUCCAGGCAGUCUGAACUACUCGGACGAAGACGUCAGCACAAAGUACAACGACCUGAUCCCUGCAGAGAGCAGCAGCCUGACGGAGAAGCCCUCUGAGAUCUCUGACUCACAGGAGGCGCUGGUGUUUUCAUAUGGGACAGUUGGCCUACAUACACUUCCACUGCAUUUGGGCAGCGACAGCGAGUACGAGGUGGACCCCAACCGACAGAAGACCCACUCCUUCGUCAACCACUACAUCAGCGACCCCACCUACUACAACUCCUGGCGCCGCCAGCAGAAAGGCAUAUCCCGGGCGCAGGCCUACAGCUACACCGAGUCCGAGUCGGGCGACCCGGACCACUGCGCCCCGCCCCCGCUGCCUCCUCUACCCCCGCUGCCGCCCCAGAUCAGCUCACCCAGCCCCCAGCCCCAGCAGGCCCAGGGCCAGCCCCAGGGUCAGCUCCAGGGUCCGCCCCAGGGUCAGCCCCAGGGCCAGCCUCAGUGCCAGCCCCAGGGCCAGGGCAGCCUGUUUAGGCCCAAAGGCAGCCGGACUCCGACCCCCUCCCUGCAGAGCUCCAACCCCCCCAGCGCGCACAGCACCCUCUACAGGCCACCGAGCAGUCUAGCACCGGGAUCGCGGGCCCCAAUCGCCGGCUUCUCCUCCUUUGUUUAA